UACAAGUUGGCCCUGACGCUGAUCACUAUACUGGCGUUCAUCACCCGCUUUUGGCAUAUCAACCAUCCAGAUCAGGUGGUGUUUGAUGAGGUCCAUUUUGGAAAGUUCGCAUCCUACUACCUCCAACGCACAUACUUCUUCGACGUGCAUCCGCCAUUUGGGAAACUUCUAUUCGCAUUUGCUGGGUGGCUGGUGGGAUAUAAGGGCGAAUUCUUAUUCGAUAACAUCGGCGACUCCUACAUUGCCAACAAUGUCCCCUACGUGGCAUACCGUGCGAUGCCCGCAACAAUGGGAGCGCUCACGGUCCCGACAGUGUUCCUCAUUAUGUGGGAAUCGGGAUACUCGCUCCCUGCGUGCAUAGUUUCGGCCGGGUUGUUGCUCUUUGAUAACGCGCAUAUCGGCCAAACUCGCCUCAUCCUCCUUGAUGCGACGCUGGUGUUCUUUAUGGCAGUGAGCGUUCUUUGCUACGUCCGAUUUUACAAG